AGCUGGAGGUUUGUCAUCAUAAUGUCAUCAGAUUUAUCAGCUGCUGUACGAUCCGUGGAGACCUACCUCCUCUACCCUCACAGUCGUUACACUGUACCACCGACCCCACCACAGGAGCUGCCCAGCUCGCCGGUCUAUGAAAGUAUUAGAAAGGCCGCUAUCGCUGUAGUAGAAGCAAAAUGGGAAGUGGCGUUUCAAGAGCCGGUCAUUGCUGAGCUCUUACACGACUGGGAAGAUACCGAUACACUAGAGCGGUCCCUACGUGAUGCUGCUGUUGGCCGCGGCCCUGAGUCGGAGUUGUCCGUGUUGGUCGCUGCUGUGGCGUGCUUACAAUGCUUCCUACAAGCCAACUGGACAGGGCCUGAGGUCACUUCUGAUAAGAUUCCGAUGUUUCCUAAUCAGAGAGCUCUGGAGUCCGCGCGUAACUCGUACGUUCUGAGUCGUCUUGAAGUCGAUGGUGAGCCGCUGUACGACGUAACUCGAGGGCCUCAACUUCUACUCACGAGCGUAACUGUUCUCUGUGGUGAUAUGCUGGAACAGUCCGGGCUGGAAACACUACCAGUGUGGCGGGCUAGGGCGGCUUUCGUAUGGCAACGGAUGCUGGCUGAGGCUACUGCCAGAGGAGACGGCCAGAGUGUGACGUGUAUGAAGGCUUGUGUCGAGGAAUAUGCACAAGCACUACUACAAGGAGGAUAUAUUGCACUGGACCUCUCUGACCAGGUCAUUGCAUGUGGUCCCUCGAUGCUUCCAUCAGCACUCAGGGAAGUUGGUGAUGAUGAUGGUGACACCACGAAUGAGAAUGCAUCGUCACUGUUGAAGGUCGUACCAGCUGAAGCAGUUUCGGAGACAGUUCGGGCUGUUAUGGUAUUGGAAUUGGCUAUUCAUACGAGUUAUUACGGACUACCGACUGACGUGUCUGAUGAGAUUAUCGAUGCUGCUGCUAAGCACGUGGGGUUCUCUUGGGAGAUCACAGGGGUAGAAGGAAUCAAACGUCGGUAUCAGACGCAAGCCUUCGCCCAGCUCACGUGUGUGACCAAGAGCACUCUGGCUGCUCCUGUUAUGGAGAGUAGCAGUAGUGGGUCCGCGCCACAGGACGGGGAAGCCCACCAGAACGUCCAGAUGGCCGAGCUGGAUCCUGAUACUGAUGUAUUGGAGUCGGUCGAAUACACCUCUGAUGAGUUCAAGCCUAGUGUACUGCAUGCAGUAGAACAGGCUAUAUUGCUUACUAAGGCUGUGAGGUUGCUGUUGUCAAGCGCUGCUGAUGAUGAUGAUGCUAUUACGAUGGAGCAAAUUGGAUGCCUAGUGAAUCGUGCUUUGGUACUUCCGGAGACUCUCAGCGAUCCUCGUGACGCUGGCUGCUCGGCCCAUUGGUUGGUGUAUUCUGCCGGGCUGUGGUUACGUUGUCGUACGGAGUUCGGCAGGGUUAAAACGAGGAAUCGUGCGGCUUUCCAAUUGCAAGCUCUGGUGGAUCAGUAUAACGACAAGUUACCGGAGGGUGAUGCUAGUGCGGCACUUGUUGCGGAUAGGAUUGGAUACGUCCACUCAGUAUACUAUCCGUCUUUACCAAUGCUACAACGUGAGUUUGGUAAACGUAUGAUGGAGAUGGGUAUGGUGUUGUCGGCCUAUGAUAUGUUUGUUAGCAUCAACAUGUGGUGUGAGGCUAUUGACUGCCUUAUUGUUGCAGACAGGAAACAUCAAGCUGAAAAAUUGGUGAAGGAACGUCUUGAAGCCUCUGAUACCCCCUCAUCGACUAGGCCGCGACUGUUGUGCCAACUUGGUGACAUUACUGGUGUGAAGCAAUGGUGGCAGCAAGCUUGGGAGGAGUCGGAGCACCGUUACGCUCGAGCUAUGCGGUCUUUGGGAAGAUGGGCACUUCAGCAUGGGCAACGACAGGAGGCUAUAGAGUGUCUGAAAAACAGUUUGGAAAUCUCACCGUUGAAGGCUGGCAUUUGGUUUUCCCUGGGAGCAAUGUAUUUGCAAGUCUCGCAGUACCAGGACGCUGCUACGGCGUUCACUCGGGCUCUGGGAGUAGACGACACUGAUGCACAAUCUUGGGCCAACCUGGCAGCUGCAUAUAUCACUAUGGCGCAGGAGAAGAUGAACCAGCAAGAUACAACUUUGGAUAGUGAAGCAGAUAUCACCCACGAGACUGAACGAUAUCUGAAGUAUGCUUACACCUGUUCGUUUGAAGCUGUGAAGCGAGCUCGCGAGUCAUGGAGAAUGUGGCAGAAUCUUCUUACGGUCGGUCAAAUGAGACGCGAUCCUGUGGGUAUGACAUACGCUGCCAGAGGUCUAGCAGUAGACCUUGGCAGAGCUGAUUCAAUUCUAGAUGAUGAUGCCUUGUUGAAAGAUCUCGUGAAUCUAUCGGUGAGCACAGGAAAACGCAGACCAGCUGUAGAAAUGUUCGAGACAUUGGCGAAGUUGCAUGGCACUAGUGCGGUGUGUCACCGGUGCUUGGCUCAACUAGCCGAUUCUGAUGAAGAAAUCGCCAAACAGAGAGUCCUUCAGCUCAGACAUCUACUGCCGAGGAUCCAUGACGCUAAAGAUUUGCCAGCUGUGAAGUUCGAACUCACUGAGCUUCGAGACUGUAUGAGAGUUCUGGUCGGCGAGUGUGAGAAGGGCCUUGGAAACAAAGGAGGCCUGUCGAUGCUGGUUAGAAGUGCAGUACGUAAAGUCAACGUAAAACUACAGGAGAAUGGACUGUCGAGGAAAUCAGAAUGGACGGAUAUUCAGCAUGAGAUAGAAGGAUACAGCCAAGAAAUAGUUGACUUGGUGAAAUCGAAAAAUAAGAUCGUUGAGGAGUGA